CGUCUUUCUAUCCACUUACUAGUUUUUAAUUUAUCCUCAUUUCUUAUUCUUUGUUCGAGCACCCUUCUGUGCUGCCACUCACUUGGAUCUCGAAAGAUCCCACCCCACCCAAACUGCAGAUUCAGGUUGAUAUGAUAUGCUAUCUCCGAUUAUCAUUAAUUCUAUGGGUCCCCACCCCCACCCCCUUUCUUCUCUAAAUUUAUUUCUCUCAGAUUUAUUUUCAGCUUCUUGAUGCUGAUGUCUGUGGGGGUUAUGUUGUGUUGCGUUGUGAUGAAGUAAAUUGAUUGCUUUGGUUUGCUUACCCUCAACUUCCAUAUAUAUCCAUGAACCUUAGUCAUCAAAGAUACAACAACGCUGAAUAAAAUUAAAGAGGAGACCUGAAUCUCUCAUUCAAUUUUUUCUAUUAAUUUUUAGAUCGGAUUCCGUACCUUCUGCGUCUCUUUCCUUUUCUCUCUCUUUUUAGACUUGGAAGUGAUGUUUUCUUGUAUACUUCAUUUUUCAAUUUUGAGAUUCAUUUUUUUAUUUUUAAAUGGUAAGUUAUGUAAAUUAUUCUAAGAUUUGAUCCGAGUGCUUGUUAAUUGGACGAGAAAGUUAUUUUGAUCUCCUUUGGCACUUGGAAAUGUUGUUAUAUGGGAAUUUUUUACGAUGUUAGGGUAUUUAUGAACCAUUUCCCAGACUUCAUGAAUCGGGUAAUUAGCAGCACAAUCUUGUGAAAUGCUUUUACAUACCUUAUUGGUUUCGUUUCCCCUCUCUCUCUUUUGUUGAUAGUCACCAUGUUGCUCUGAGCUUCAUCUGAAAAAGAUAUAAGUUUGAUACAGCUAUGCAAUUUAGCAUGAAUCUUUUACAAAAGAAGAACCUGGUAUGCGACGGUAACUAUUACACAACUGGUUGUGGUGGUGAGGACCACUUGGUAAAUUUGAUUCACCCAUUGAUUUUGGUAACAUCUGUAUGAGUUUUGUUUUUAAAACUUAGGAGUAUCUAGCUUUUUCCAAUCUGAUAUUGCAAUGCUCGUCAAAAUUUAUUUCAUUGUUAAUUAGUACCAUUUUUUUAUUUUUUUAUUUUUUGGUUGGGGGUGGGGGGAUAACACUUGAAUUGGCCGAUAUGCAUAUACUCGGUUCUUUUGUACUGUGUGAUUCUUUGUAGAGCUAAGAGCUCAUCACUUCUUCUCCCAUGAAUAUGUGCAUUUAUUGGCUUAAGCUAAUUAAAUUACAAAAUUACAAAUUCUAAGAGGUACUCUCUGCCUAUCUGGUUAGUAGAAAGUUAAAAUGCAAGGAGGAUUGCGAGUGUUUUUAUCACACGGGAAUGUCGUAAAAAAUGCUGUGUUGCAACGAAUGCGCAUCGUGAACCCCCUAUUGCAGCCUGUAUCCUUUUCACGGUAUGAGUCUGCUACACCUGCUCGUAUUGAGGAGCAUGGUUUUGAGAGCACCACCAUUGAAGACAUCUUGAAAGCAAAAGGCAAAGGUGCAGAUGGCUCCUGACUUUGGUGCAACACAGAGGAUACUGUUUAUGAUGCUGUUAAAUCGAUGACCCAGAACAAUGUUGGAGCUUUGGUUGUUGUGAAACCUGGUGAGGAGAAGUCAAUUGCAGGAAUUAUAACGGAAAGAGACUUCAGAGAGAGAGACAUGGGAUUGCUUUCCAAUAAGAUCGUUCGGGAACAUCUGAAGCCCGGUGAUCACAUUUAUUCCUGGAGGGAGGCUUACAUCUACGCACAUCACGGAAUAUACGUGGGUGAUGGAAUGGUGAUCCACUUUACCAGGGGAGCAGGCCAUGAAAUUGGAACAGGAACUGUGUUGGACCGUCUCAUUUUCAGUUCAUCUCCCUCUCAUGAUAAUGACAAUCCAUGCCCGAGAUGUGGUGACCAAAGUAGGACUGAUGGUGUCAUCUCUUCCUGUUUGGAUUGUUUUCUUCAUGGUGGUAAUCUAUACCUCUUUGAGUAUGGUGUCUCACCUGCAUUUUUUCUAGCCAAAGCUCGAGGAGGUACCUGCACACUUGCUCCUUCUGAUCCAACUGAAGAUGUUCUUCGCCGUGCUUCAUUUCUUCUGGAAAAUGGAUUUGGUGGCUACAAUCUUUUCAAGAAUAACUGUGAAGAUUUUGCAAUUUACUGCAAAACAGGUCUGCUUGUAUUCACAAGCUUCGGUGUAUGCAGGAGUGGGCAAGCGACAUCGUACUUUGCUGCUGCUAGUGCCGUAGUUUCUACACCGUUUGGCUUUCUGACCACCAGUUUUAGUGGUUUAGCAUUGGUUGGUUAUGGCAUGUACUGUGUUAGCCGAUUGGUUUUUGAUAUUGGAGUACGUCGUGAUGUGUCUAAAAUUCCAGCGGAAAGAUUCAGAACUUCAUCUGCCUUAGAUGAACCAGAGAAGAUAGCUGAUAUGCCCAAGGAAGAUUAGAGUUGGUUAAGCUUGAUUAAUGUAAUGUUUGUUAAUUCCUUCUUUCUUGAAUGAAGUUCCAUUCAUCUCCUUCCUACUAUGUAUGCUGUUUUCUAUUAAUUUAAACGAUACUGUCAUUUGAAUAUUUGGUAACCCGCAGCAGUUCUCUGCAUGCUACCUAGUUGAUAUAUAAAGCUUGGAUUGGCCACAUAGCUAAUUUCUGUUAUCAAACAACACUCCCAACUGUAACGUCUGGUGCAAUGAUUGGGACCCAAAUUACAUUCC